AUGGCUGACUCGUCGCAAGGAGCGACGUCGCUCUUGACCGAGCAUCUGCAGUAUACGCCUUUGUCACUGAUUGACGACAUCAUCAACUCGGUCAACAACUUCGUUUACCAAGGAGUCGGCAGCCUGGAAACUGGACUGCUGACGACACCUCCGGAGAAGUUAGGCUUCAAGGCCGUCAAGGCUAUCGGCGACGAUGGUGUGGAGGAACUGGAGUUCCCCGAGGCAAAGAAAGAGAUUGAAGAGGGCCUUCACAAACUGGAGACAUUGCUCAACUCGACGGUUGACAAGAACUUUGACAAAUUUGAGAUAUACGUGCUCAGGAACAUCCUCUCCGUCCCUGCGGAAUUGGUCAACUGGGUCCAACUGAGCCAUUACGAGAACAUAUCAUUCCCACCCACAGAGAAUGCACCCACCGUUGAGAGUGUGCAACUCCUGCGGCGUAAGCUGGCCGCCUCGCGGACUGUAUCGAACGCCCUCGCGGAAGAGUAUAAGCGGAAUGAGGCGAUUCUACGACAACUGAGAACUCUGAUUGGCAAUACACAGACCACCCCAACAAACCUUUCAUUCCUCAUGAACGGCGCAUCUGCUCAGACCUUCAAUGUAUCUCAGCACACCGAGAGUCGACCUCUAACCGCCAACACACACUUUGCUGUUUCACAACUCCCCGCGCUCAAGUCCUUGCUCGCCGAGUUGAGACCAAAGCUGGCGUCGCUAAAAGAUACUGAUAUGAACGUCUCGAGUGCCAAGGAUGAACUCAAGGAAGAGCGCAGAGGCUAUAUCGAGCAGCGGACACGAUCACAUCUGGAGCGCAAUGGGGAAGCUUCGGGUGAAGACUCUACAGCAUUGUCUGGCAAACGGGUGGAUCCGGAUGAGGUGCAAGCCCUGGAAAAGGUUGCUUCCAUAUUCGACUCGGUGUGA